AUGGCUUCAACGGGACUACUCAGGAGCAGAACCAGAUACGACUACAAGCAUGUUCAGGGUGGAGUCAGUCUUAAUUAUAGGGACUUGAGACCGGACUCGCACCGUUCCGCCGAGAAACCCCCUCCAGCGGCGCGCAGGGAAUCCCAGCCGUACCGAGGAGAGAGGAGCCUCCUCCGGCUGGACCCCCACAAGGCUGCGGCCGCUAGGGUUGAGCGUGGAGCUGCGUCGAAGUGUUCGGAGCGAAAGAUAGCAGUCUUACUCCUCUUCUUCCGAAAAAGAAUAAAGACAAUGAGAGUUUGUCUCCUGAGCAAAUCUGCAAACAAAAGACAAAAAGAUGUUCCAGCAUUAGAAGCAGCUGAUAAAAAGAGGGUAGAGGAGCUUCUUCAAUCAAUAAAUGUUCACACAUCUUUACCUCCAAAGAUCCUGGUUAAUGAACCAACUCAUCUGCUUUCAAAAAGAGUAAUAGAAGAUGUCUGGAAACAGCAAACUCUGCUACGACUGCUGCAGUUAAUUGAUGUUCCACUUCUAGAAGAUAUCUUGGUGUCUUCAGUGAAGGCAAAACCAGACUGUUUUGGCAAAGAGGAAGACCUGAUUAUCUCAAAUACUUUCCUGGACAGAGAGGUUACACGUAGCUUAAACUUGCCUGAGCUUGACAAAUGGCUCUAUGCUGCAGUUGAAUGCUUGGAGUAUUUCCCAGACCAAUUCAUAGUGAUGGUUAGUCAGCAGUUACCUCAAAGCACUAACAAACCCAGCAGUCUGAGUACAUACAAGAAGAUUCUUUUUGACAUUAUAAUAAAGUAUUAUAGUCAAAAGAAGGACUCCCUUCUUGACACUCAGGAUCUCAAUAUUCAUUCAGGAAUUAUAGAACUUAUAGAGAAAGGAAAAAUGGAUCAAGCUCUAGAGGCAUCACAGCUUUAUUUAAAAUUAUUAGCACCAAAUAUCCGAGAAGAACUACAUAGACUCCUGACAUUCAUAGCCAUUGCAUCCGAAUCUGAGGGCUACAAAUUACAAAAACAAUUUGAUAACAGAUUGGUGAUCAUCAAGACUUGCACGAAGUUCAUCUUACGAAAUAAGACAUUGUCAAAACCACGGGUAGAACUGCUGACUCAGUUUCUGAUGGACAAUCACUCUGAGCUCUUCAAGACUCCUUUAACUCUUCUGGAACUAACUAGUAGGAGAUUUGAGAGUUUGCUAGAAGGACAAGAUCCAGAUAUCGAUUCAGGCUUCACCUUCUGUCAGCGCGUGACAACUAAAGAAUAUGAAGAUCAAAAACAACAAACAAAUCAACAUCUUCUCGCAUUGGUUCAGGAGAUAGACAAUGACCCCACUAUUCCUUUGAAGCAGAAAAAGAAAUUAAUUAAAGAAUUACGAAAAUACCAUUCUGUCAUCUAUUGUAGUGGUUGUAAAACUACAUGUGAAUUUUGUACUUUAAAUGGUUAG